UCUGACUUGGUUCUCACUUCUCAUGCUCGUCUUCGGCGCUCCUUGAUUACCCGCCGCCGUGCGGACCAAGUCUCCAUCCCUUCUCAGUUCUCAUCUGUCGCAAGCUCGGCCGCUGGAAAGUGUUACCUGCAGGCGGGCUGAACUGACUCUAGACUUGAAAUCACAGCGCGGGCCGCCGUCUCUGUUGAAGUGUAUAUGCACUCGGAAAUGCUUUAGUGUAUUCAGCUGGUUCACCCUCUACGAGAAUUCCAUGGAGGGUGCUUCAUUGCUGCAGCGCUACCGUCGCGAUCGCAGGAAGCUUCUAGAGUUUCUGUUAUCGUCUGGCUUGAUCAAAGAAAUCCGAACGCCGUCCGGUUCUACCACCUCCGUCUCCAACGUUAACCUCGAUGCUCUCAGCAUCGAUUACGUUCUCGAAUGCAUUCAAUCCAGCCAUGUGGUAGAUGUAUCUAUAGCAAGCAAGAAAUAUCGGGAAGAACUCCAACGUCCAAUAACGAUGCAGUCACACUUUGGAGGCUCAUAUUCUAUUCUUUCAGGCACAGAAACAGCUGGUUCUCCUCCCAGGCGGGUGCCGCCUCCUAUUGUAGCAUACCAAUUUAGUAUUCAUUCAUCAAUUGAUUCUGAUCUUUCAAGUUGUUUACCCGGUUACGAGUAUGGAUUAAAACAUGCCACUUCUGGAUCAACAAAAUCUGUUCCAAGGAAUCGAGACCAUAUCCCUAAAAUUGGAUUACCUACCUUACAUACAGGAUUAUCGGACGAUGACUUGAGGGAAUCUGCUUAUGAAAUAAUCCUUGCUUGCAUGGUGCUUUCAGGGACUGGACUUCAUUUUAAUGGGAGUAGAAAGAAAGAGAAGAACUCUGGACUUCUGGCUGGAUUGAGGAAUAAAAAGGGUAAAAGAUACCUAAGGUCGGAUUCUCCUGGUAGACUUUCGCAGCUCAUUGAUAUUUUCCGAUCACAAAUGCAGAUCUCAGAAGCCAUGGAUAAUCUUACUCGACAACGUUUGGCUGCUUUUGCAGCAGAGAGAUCUUGGGGUCAUAUUGAUAUUCCUCAGAUAAUAUUGGGAUUGUUGAAUGGUGUGCUCAAGUCCGAUUUUCAGAAUGAGAAGUCAUAUAUCCAAUGGAAGAGAAGACAAGCAAAUAUUCUUGAAGAACUUCUUUCUUCAGCUGAGUACGUCAACGAUAAGAAGCAAUCAGUUGAAACUUUGAUUGAAAGAAUUAGAAAUCCUGAGGAUUGGGACACUAGGAUGUCUCCCUCCGAACGCUACGAAGUCUUAUCCGCUAUUAGGCAUAUUGCUCUGACACUAUCAAGUAUGCCACCCAAGUAUGGCAUUCGAGGUGAAAAUUAUUAUUGGAGUGCUGGUUAUCAGUUGAAUAUUCGGGUUUAUGAGAAACUACUUGUUGGUUUGUUUGACAUUCUUGAAGAGGACCACCUUAUUGAGGAAGCUGCUGAGAUCCUGAAGCUCCUCAAGUCAUCUUGGUCAAUGUUAGGCAUUACUCAGAAACUCCAUAAUGUGAUAUAUGCAUGGGUGCUUUUUCAACAGUUUGUUGCGACAGAUGAGGCAGUACUUUUAGACUACUCCAUUCAUGAAAUGCUUAAGGUUUUGUCUGCUGAAGAUGAGGAUCAUAUGGAAGAUAAAUAUAUAGAUGGCCUAUUAUGUUUCACUACCUGGAAUGGCUGCCAAACUAGAUCAAGUUUCUUGCAAUCUGCUAUUUUCUCCAUUAGUAUCUGGUGUGAUAGCAUGUUGCAGGAUUACCAUCUGCAUUUUGCUGAGAAACCUAAUCUCCUUAAGGAGGUGAUGAACAUGAAGUUGAUGGUUGAAGCAUAUAGUUUUGAUUCAUGUGACAAGAACAAGUUCACAAAUGUUGAAGUUCUGGAUAGUAUUCGUUAUAGAAAGGUAAAAAAUUAUGUUGAAAGUUCGAUAGAAGCUGCUUGCAAGAGGGUAACUGAUGCCGUAAGUCUUGGCCGUACAAUAGACAGGACACAUCAUUUGACUUUGCUUGCAAGUGAGCUAAAAUUAAUUUCUGAGAUGGAGCUGACUCUGUUUUAUCCAAUCCUCCAAAAAUUCAUCCCUGAUGCUGGAAUUGUUUCUGCCUUGAAAUUGCACAAAACUUACGGGGAAAGAUUGGAACCAUUUCUCAAUGAUGUUUCAUGCCUUUCUGAAGGUGUCAGGGAGGUGCUUACUGCUGCUAUUCUAUUGGAAAAUCGCUUAAUUGAGCUUUAUACUUUGGGGAACAAAGAGAGCACACUUCAUUCCUCAUGCACCAAUGAAUUUGUGCAUUACAAGAUUGGUGAGGUCGCAAGGCCAAUUAUUCUUGAUUGGGUAAUUGCUCAGCAUGCACAAAUUCUGGAGUGGACUUGCCGCGCCUUUGAUCUUGAGGAUUGGGAACCCUUAUCGCAUCAGCAAAAGCAAGCAGCUUCUGCUGUGGAAGUUUUUAGAAUUACAGAGGAGACUGUGGACCAGUUAUUUCAGAUGGGGCAUCUAGUGGAUAUUACUCACUUACAGGCUUUACUGUCUAUAAUAUUUCACACUUUGGAUGCCUACUUGAAGAAACUGGUUAGCCAGUUAGUUGACAUGCAGGAUUUAUAUCCUCCAGUUCCUUCUUUGACGCGUUACAAUGAGACGGCAUUUCCAAUACUUAAAAGAAAAUUGGCUGAAGCUGCGGUUCUUGAUGAUGGUGUGUACAACAAGUUGAAUCAAUUAACAAUAUCUAAACUCUGUGUCAGACUGAACACCCUUCAAUAUAUACAGAGACAAAUGACCACCCUCAAAGAUGGCAUAAGGAAGUCUUGGUCUACUAUAAGAGUUUUUGCAGAUACGAUAUGUUCUGAAGGAAAAUCACCCGAGCAUUCAAAUGGAAAUUCAGAUAUGUGUGAUGAGUCAACAGAUGAGCUUUUUGCAGCCACCUUCGAUUGCAUCAGAGACUCUGCUACUAAUGCUAUCCGAAUUACAUCUGAGCUUUUGGGUGCCAGAGUUGUGUUUUGGGAUCUUAGGGAGUCAUUUGUGUUUCAUUUGUAUCACAGCAGUGUGGAAGGUGCACGGCUUGAGAGCGUGCUUCCACAGUUUGACAAUAUUCUCAAUAAUAUUUGCGGUUUGAUUGAUGAUGCACUUAGAGACUUUGUUGUUUCACGUAUUUACAAGUCAUCCUUGGAAGGUUAUAUUUGGGUGUUAUUGGAUGGUGGACCUUCACGCGCUUUUUCUAAUUCAGAUGUUGCAAUGAUGGAAGAAGACCUCGGCAUGCUAAAAGAUUUGUUUGUUGCUGAUGGAGAAGGGCUUCCCCGGUCAUUAGUCACAGAGGAAGCAAAAGCUGCACAACAAAUAAUAAGCUUGUUUUCCCUCCAGGCUGACUCUGUGAUAAGAAUGUUGAUGACCUCUAGUCAACAUAUUUCAGUUGGACAUGGCUUCCAUCAGAGCGGCUUUAGGAACCUGGGUGAUGCCCAGACUUUAAUGCGCGUAUUAUGUCACAUGAAGGAUGCAGACGCCUCAAAGUUCUUGAAGAGGCAUUAUAACCUUCCUGCGUCUUCAGAGUAUGAGGAAAAUGCUAUGGGGCAGUUGGUUUCUAGUUCACCUCUGCUGGCGGAUCUUAUAAAGAGAAGUGCGUCACUUCGCUUCUCUGACAAUGGCAGCAGCAGUUUUAGUUCUAUAAAGAAAAAAUUUCUCGGAUCUUAGGCAGUGACUAACUCUUUCUGCCUUUUACACCCCAAGGGAUGAAACACUUCGAGAGAGAGGCGUGGUUGCAGACAUUACCUAACAUAUUUCCAACCCCCCGUGUCAUCCACACUUUUUGUUUUGUUCAUGAUGGCUGCUGCUGGUGAGUGAUGUGAUGAUGGUUGUCUUGCUCAAUGCUCUACUUGAAUGAUGCAUAUAGUUACAGACACUGCAAUCGUUUUUCUGUGUUGUCAAAGGCUGGAUUACUGCAUCUGAUAAUCCAUAUACGGACUAUGAGUCUAUGAAAUAUAAUCCUGAAGAACGUAUCUGAUUUUGAUGAUUGAAGCAAUGAAUCCAAUGAUCAUCAGAUAUUUAUAUAUCUUUGAAGAAGUUAUGAUAGAUUUUUUUUUCUCUGGCGCUUGUUUUUUGUUAUUCAUAGUUUUAACCCAUAGAUGCCCGGUAUCCAAUAACUAGACUUAUAUUGAGAUGGGGAGAGCAUGUCUAAUAUCUGGAUUCCUUAUCUCGUAUAUUAGUGUUCGAUAAUGAAAUUAUGUAAGCAACUAAUAUGUCAUUUAAUGUUGAUGAUUAUUUCAAUAAGAAAUCUAUUU